GUCAACAAUCCCCCGUCUUGACAUUUGACAAACAGUGAACACAUCCUUUCCUGUCCAUCAUCCUGUACUUUCUGCCACUGGAGUCAGACUCUUCGACAUGUUGAAGGCCUGAUAAGUGUUGGUUUUGUACGUACAGAAGUCAGGAGGUCAGCAGGUUCCUAAGUGGCCAUGUUGGACUCUCACGGUCCCAUGUGACCUCGGCCUCCACCAAUCAGCCUUUACACGUCUCCUGACCAAAGUAGCUUUUUCAACUCCAUCAGGAGCCACUGUUUGUUCUGUGCUGCCAUCACUGAUCAGCCAAUCAUGGCCGAGUCCAGCUCGGAGCUCGAAUUGCCUCGUGCCACUGAGAGUGUCUCCAAAGAACUCAUUGUUACCACGGUGAUCGAAGGGUCAGAGGUCAGAGCCGAGGUCCCGAGCAGCAAUGGGACCGCUGAAGGUCCACUUUCUGCCAAAGUCAUGAAGGAGGAGGAAGAAGUUACGUCCACAGCGCCAGAAUCAACGCCGCCAUCUGAAAGUACAACAAUGAGUGGAGUCACCAUAGAAGAAGAGUCUCUGACAGCUCUACUCAGCCACAUCCGGACUGGAUCAGGAGCCAGAUCAGGAGAACCAGGCAUGGAUUUGGACCUGGAGGAGAGUUCCUCUGUGGCAACAGCUGGUGGUUCAGAUGACCAGAGGGAAUCCACCGACUCCGCCUCCUUCUCCAUCCCCAGUCUGGAGCUGUCGGAUGGAGUCACGGCCACAGGAAACUCCCUGGACGUGGAGGACGGUUUGUCCUCGUCAUACUCUGCUCUGGGAGAGGGCGGUUCUCCGUCCACAGAGGUCCCCAGUCUGAAGGACGAAGAGGCUGCAGAGGCCAAAGGGGGCACUGCUGCAGCUGCUGCCCCUGCCGCCGCCUCGUCUUCUACAACUUCUUCUGCUGCGGCUGCAGAGUCUGGGCCGUCCAUGCCGGCGUAUUACCUGGUGAAGUGGAUCACCUGGAAGGAGAAGAAGACGCCCAUCAUCACUCAGAGUGAGAAUGGACCCUGCCCCCUGCUGGCCAUCAUGAACACACUGUUCCUGCGAUGGAAGGCGAAACUUCCUGCUCAGACUGAAGUCGUCACCACUGAGGACCUGAUGGCUCACCUGGGAGAAUGUGUGCUAUCUGUUACGCCCAGAGAAAAGGCUGAUGGGAUGGAGCUCAACUUCCAACAGAACAUGAGCGAUGCCAUGGCGGUGCUCCCGAAGCUCUCCACCGGUUUGGACGUCAACGUACGAUUCACCGGAGUGACAGACUUUGAGUACACACCUGAAUGCAUCGUGUUCGACCUGCUGGACAUCCCGCUGUACCAUGGCUGGCUGGUUGACCCGCAGAGCCCAGAGAUGGUGGCCGCUGUGGGAAAACUGAGUUACAACCAACUAGUGGAGAAAAUCAUCGACUACAAGCACUCUGCAGACAGCAGCCGAGUCAGUGAAGGUCUGGUGGCAGAGCAGUUCCUGGAGUCGACGGCGACUCAGCUUUCGUAUCACGGACUCUGUGAACUCAACACGACGGCCAAAGAGGGAGAGAUCUCUGUGUUCUUCAGAAACAACCACUUCAGUACCAUGAUCAAACACAAGGGUCACCUGUACCUGCUGGUCACGGAUCAGGGCUUCCUGCAGGAGGAGGGUUUGGUCUGGGAGUCGCUGCACAACGUUGAGGGUGACGGAAACUUCUGUGACUCUGACUUCAGAUUGUGUCAUCCACCGCAGAGAGCGCCGCCCAUCUCCGACCUGCCGCCAACCAAUCAGGAGCAGCAGAGACAGAUCGACCAGGAUUACCUGGUGGCAGUGUCGCUUCAGCAGCAGCAGGGUGGGGCCCCAGGGCCCCUCAGUGAUCUGGAACUGGCCCGACAGCUGCAGCAGGAGGAGUACCAACAACAACAACAGCAGCAACAGCAGCAGCAGCAAGGAGCCAUGCAGGCAGUACAACAGGUCAGAGGUCAGGGGUCACAGCAGGGCGGGGCCAGAAGAAGAGACAAGGACUCAGACUGUGUCCUGUUAUAGCCUCUUCAUCGUCGAUGUCGUCAUCAUCACUGACCAGCAACCACUGACCUCCUGAGUCCAAAUGUCCAGUGUGUCUGCAGAGGGUGGCCACACACACACACACACACACACACACACACACACACACACACACACACAACACAGCUCAAUGCCAAACCCAGUGCUUUGUCUCACAGGUGAUGAACUCCUGUAACCUCUGACACGUUUGUACAUUUUUAAGACGUUCAGUUCCGGUGGAGUCUGGUCAAAACUCCACCUUUAUGAAAGGUUAACGAGGUGUUGGUAAAGGCUUUACUGAUGAUCAAUAAGUGGCAUUAUUGAUCAGGUGAGUGGCGUGGGUCAGAGUCUCACAGUCUGAAGGUUUGUCACCGUUUAAUUCACUGUAAUCUUCACUCCACAUGUCCAUACGUCAUUAAUAUCAGUACUGACUCAUGUCUGUGGGGUCAAACGGUCCUGCUCAAGGUCAAAGGUCAACUAAACACCUGCCACGACCUGGCAACUCACACGUGUUCUUAUUAAUGACUGAUAAAUGAUGUAUUAACUGCUGAUGAACAUUUUUAAAGAUUGAUUUGUUAGAAUGUGGCACCACAACACAAAUAAUUCUGUAUUUUAUUGACCUGAAAGAUGACGUAUCAGAGCUGCAACAUGUGAUUAUUCGAUGUUUGAUCUGUGUUUUCCAGACUUAUUAAGAUGCGUUUAGAGAAUACUUAGAGCCUGAGCACAAACAGCACAGUGAAGGCCUUCACUAAACUGUACACUAAUAAAUUCGGGAUGUAAACAUGUUGAAAAAUUGUUUAUUUUAUAGGUGUUUAGCAUCGGUCAGCUCCCACAUUACAUUUGCUUUAGAUGUACCAGAUUUAGAUGCAUACAUAUCCUGUCCUAAACUCAACAGAAAGUCGGCCAUUUUUGUUUAAAUAUGCAAUUGUUUUCCCCAUUUCAAAAUGUUGUACUAUUGAGACAGAAAGUACUUCUUAAGUCUUUUGUACAAUGUGUGAAACGAGUCACCACUCAAACCAAUUAUCGAUCACAACUAAUCGUUUAAUCUGUGAAUCUGUCGUUGCAGCUCUGGUAGUAUGUUUCAGGUCCCUAAAGUGAAUCUUGUCAAAAAAAAAUGAAAUGUUUGAAGCAGAAAUGUCUGAAUUUGUUCUGAAGUGGAGACUAAAAGCAAAGAAAAUCCACUUUUCUGAUGA